AUGGACAAAAUCAAGAAGUUUUUCAAGCAUGAUUCGAAGUCUGAAUUGUCUUCAACCCAGACCCAGCCGUCUUCAACUGGAUCUGCGUCACAGUCAUCAUCUGCUCGACCAUCUGGUGUUUUAUUAACCACAAACUAUGGCGACAUCACAAUUAAAUUGUACUCUAAGCAGACACCAAAGACAUGCAAGAACUUUGCUGGCCUCGCCGAUGCGGGUAAAUACAAUGGUGUCAUUUUUCACCGUAUCAUCCCAGGCUUUAUGAUUCAAGGCGGUGAUCCCACUGGCACCGGCCGUGGCGGCCAGUCUUUCUACGGCGGUAAAUUCGAGGACGAAUUCAACAGCAAACUUGUUCACUCUGCAAAGGGUAUCCUCUCCAUGGCCAACAGUGGACCAGACACCAACGGCAGUCAGUUCUUCAUCACUCUGGCCCCUACUCCUCAUUUGGACGGAAAACACACCGUCUUUGGACAUGUUGUUGCCGGUAUGGAUGUCGUUGAUAAAAUUGGUAGCGCGAGAACAGGAUCGGGCGACAGGCCUCUUGAGGAGAUCAAGAUUAUCAGCGCAAAGUCCUUCACAAAAGCGAGAAAGGUGUUGGAUUCAUCAAUUGAAUGA